CCUCCCGCCUCCGCGCCCGACGUCCGCGUCGCCGUUCUGCGCCGCCGCCAUGGCCGACGUGGAGGACGGCGAGGAACAGUGCGUGUUGUCCUCGCACUCCGGGACUGCAGGCUCCAGGCCGGGGGGCGACAAGAUGUUCUCCCUCAAGAAGUGGAACGCGGUAGCCAUGUGGAGCUGGGACGUUGAGUGUGACACCUGCGCCAUCUGCAGGGUCCAGGUGAUGGAUGCCUGCCUUAGAUGUCAAGCUGAAAACAAACAAGAGGACUGUGUUGUGGUCUGGGGAGAAUGUAACCAUUCCUUUCACAACUGCUGCAUGUCUCUGUGGGUAAAACAGAACAACCGCUGCCCUCUCUGCCAGCAGGACUGGGUGGUCCAAAGAAUCGGCAAGUGAGAGGCGGUGGAAGACUGGUGGGGGGCCCUGGACAAUCUGCUGUGCAGUCACUGGACAAGAACUGGACACUCCAGUGAUUCGUCCUCAGAUAGACAGAGUGCUGUGCAGUCUUGAGAUUCAUCCAGGGCAUGGUUUAGCAUGUCUAAUUUUGAGAAAUUCUGUACAAUUAAGAUAAUUUAUUAAAAUGGCCUUUCCUA